CCGUGCAAUCAACAAAGAAAGUUUUGAACAUGAACAAAUGAAGUCAGCGGACAUUCGACACAAACGGACAAAGAAAUAUAAAUCAUUCGUCCAGUACCCGUUCGAAUAGACACAACAAUGUAAUUAUUGUUACUUUAUAAAAACUUGUUAAAAUAAUUAUCUAUGCUGAUAACAAUUGUUUUAUAUAUCUGCGUUUAAUACUAUUUACAUAUAAACCUUUCAUACAUUGACUUAACCAAGACUGUUAAAUACAUAAAAAAAAAGGCUUCUAAAAAAUUUCGAGUUCUCAGGUGUAUCAUCAGUUACAUUAUAACCAGAGAACAGUUCAUUAAAUCAACUAUUAAUAAAAAAAAGUAUUUUCAAAAUUAAUAAUGAGUGAAAUGAGUGAGAUAGAUAGUGAAAAUGAAGAAGAGAUGGCACGAUUAAUGUUAAAAAUGGACAUAAAAGAAGAAAAAAUUUACCGUGGCAUGGACUAUAACGAGUUGCAACGUGAAAUAAUGGAGGGAUCACUCUCUGUCAACACACACAUAAAAUUAGACCAGAUGUAUCAUCUUUGUUACUUCAAAAGGGUUGGAAUUACUCAAAUAUACGACUUAACGAUUCUUCACCUAGCAAUCUGCUUAGAGGACGAAAAGUUUGUCGAUUUUCUAUUGGAAAAUAAUGCCGACGUAUUAAUAGCCACUGAACACGUGGGACCAGUUAUUUACUUAGCAAUAAGGAUGCAUAAUUUGGAUUAUGUACAAAAAUUAGUAGAUGCUGGAGCUUCUGUCAACAAAAGCUUUUGUUUAAGAGGCCUAGAACUGGAUGAAGUCUUCGUAAGAGAUGAUUCUGGUAAUACUAGUUACCGCGUGUAUCGUUAUGAUGAUUAUUCGCCGCUUCAAUUCGCUAUCAAAAUGGGUUCAUAUUAUAUCACUAAGUUUCUUCUGAGUAGAUGCGCUGAUGUUAACUAUAGAGGUUCAAAGGAUAUUCCUCCGCCAUUCAAUCUUUGUGUCAAAUUAGACUGGAAUGAUUUAGAAGACCAAUUGAAUAAUAUUGAGAUAAUGAAAUUGCUUGUUGAAUACGGCGCUGAUGUUAAUAUGGUCGAUGCAGACGGGUAUCAAAAGACACCUUUACUUCAAGCAGCCUCCAACCCAAAAUCCACUUUUGUACUUGAUUUUCUGCUAGAUCUGCCAACAAUAGAUGUUAAUGCUGUGGAUAAUCAUAAACGAUCUUGUCUUCAUUUGUUUUUGAUGGCAAGUCAAAAUAACUUAGAUCGGGAAGAUUAUCACGACACUCUAAUGCAAAUUCUUGAUUCCGGUGUUGACAUCAAUCUAGUUGAUGAUGAUCAAAAGUUAGCAAUUGAUAUUAAAGUUGCGAAAAAAAGAAAAGAUUGUAUCAGGACUGUUAAAAUGGAAAUUGUAAUAAGGAUGGCCGCAAAUAUGAAAGUCUGUCCCAGAAAUACUCAAGCUCUUGUUGGCCCGGAAUUUAACAAAUUCCGUGCUACAUGUGACCAAGAAGUUGCAGAACUUAAGACAUCUAAGGAUCCAAUUACUGGGUUUUUUUAUUAUGAUAUUCUUCAUAAAUGUCUGCACACUUUGGCUUUGAGACUGAAAAAUAAGAAAUUUGAUUUAGAAGACGGCUUGGAUGGUGACUUUUUCGAGUAUGAAGACAUGAUAAAUUAUCGCUUGAAGAAAGCAAGCCAACGAUUGGAGUUAUUCAAUAAAGUUGAAAAUGUUCUCUAUGAAAUUUUUUAUAAAGAACUACCCGCCAUUUUUAUCCAUGAGCUGUAUUUUUAUUUAAGCAACGCUGAUUUGUGGAAAAUGUCGUAAAAUAAAUCAACUCUUUGAAAAAUAAUAACGUUUUAAUCUUGUGUUACAAGAACAUCUGACGUUCAUGAAGAUUGCCAUGAGAUUAAUCUGAGGGGGUUCAAUCUAUUGAUCUUUUUUAAAAAUAUUUCAAUGAUAUUUAUUUUUGGUAAAAUUAUUCACACUUAAGGUAGCUUCUUACAUCGUUGUUAUUUCAGUAUAGAUUAAAUUGAUAAGUUAUAAUUAUAUCAUAAGUUAUAAUAAUUGUUGUUAUAGUUAAGAAAAUUACAAAAUAAUAAAAAAAUCAU